AUGUCCGACUAUGCCGUCUUCGCGCAUCCCGAGUUCGAUCCAGACGAUUACGCAAAUGCCAUUCUGGCCGGAGAGCCAUACCCACCGCAAGCUGGGAAGACCAAAGCGGGCAAGGGCCCCAGCCUGGAAGCAGCAAACGAGGACUUGUCAGUCGCCAUAUCGAAGCUGAACUUCUCUAUUGAGGAUGUUGAGAAGCAGCUGAAGAAUGUGGUCACUACACAUCAUGAGGAGUUGCUGGUGCAGGCCGCCGGAGUGACUGAGCUCGAGACUUCGCUCUCAUCAGUUCGAGACGGGCUCAACGAGCUCGAUUCGUCGUAUGAGAAACUGAGAACGAAGAUCCGGCUGCCAUAUCAAUCGCUUCAAAGAAAUGUUUCCAAACUUGAACGCAUCCAGCAAGCAUCAGACAUCCUGCGCCGCGUGUCGCGUUUUGUGAUCCUAACUCGACGGUUGGAAGUACAGUUAGCGGAUAUGAGCAAGGGAGAAUCCUCUGAUACGGAGACAUCAACCGCCGUAUCCAAGAAGGACCAGUCCAAACCGAACGAGUCACCGCUCGCCCUUAUACAGCCUACUGAGUUGAUAUCUGUUGGAGAAGGAGAGGACGAGAAGGAGCGGACCAUAGCAAAGGCUGCAUUGACGAUCGCUGAACUGAGUCAGUACAUUUACAUCUUUAUUCUGGAUAGCCCGUCGAACGUUGAUAAUACAUCGGAGGAUCGGGGCGGUACGAUAGUGUUGGGUUCCGUGAAGGCCGUGGCUGCUCGUUUGCCAUACAUUGAAGCUGCACGAACACGUGUAACGGCAGAUAUGGAAGCAAUGGUCAUGACAGGACUCGCGGAAUCUAACCAGUCUCUUCUCGCAUCCUCCCUUCAGACCGCACACAACCUUCGUGUGUUGCCAAUCCUGGUGCAGGAGCUCAUCAAUGAUCUGGCAGAUGCAGUUGAGAGUAGAAUCCGGUACGCGUUUGACAUAUCGCGUAUUUCUAAAGAUGUCCUCGCGAAAGAGUCUAAUGCGACGUCUCAGGGACUAAUGUACAAGUCCCGUGUACGGACGGAGCCAACCAACGUCACGGCCCCUCAAUAUGCUGCUGCUCUCUGGGCUAGCCUGGAGAACCUCGUAGAAGAAAUGACAAGCUGCUGUAUCAAAGUCUAUGCUCUUGAGAACGUUCUCAAGCUAAAACGAGACCCUACAAGCCAAAUCGUCUUCCUGGACGAGGCGAUGAAGACGCUCGAAAACAAGCCAAGUGCUAUCUUUUGGUAUGCGCUCGGGCGUUCACUUGAGAAACAUGCGCGCGAGUCGGCAAGAGCCUCUUCCUUCAUCCAGCAAACGCUCAGCACGGGAUACCCAAAACUGCUCCGACUCUUCCAUUCCUUCUUUGCCAAGAUCGCCGUGCAGACCGAUACUGUCUACACGCAGUCACAGCAGAGCCCGGAGACGGUGAUUGUGCUGCGUGCACUUUCGAACUUCGAGUCUCUUUAUCUGUCCCGCUCGUCCACUAGGCUAAACGAGGUUAUCUCGCAAGCAUUUGCGGGCGGGACGCGGGCGCCGCCCGGUCUGUCGGAGGGCCUGAAUGUCGCACGGACCGUAGCAAACGAGCUCGACUCGGCCAAGUUCGACCCGCUGCUCGUACGCUCCGUGGCGGAACGCGUCGCAUCGGCGCUAGAGGUGUUCGUCUCGCGGGCGGAUGGCAUGGUUGCGCGAGAACGGUCCGCAACGUCGUUACUAGGACCCUCGGCUACACCGCAGCAAGCACUCAAUGGCCAGCUGGCGACCUGCUUGUAUUAUUGCUAUUCCCGCCUCGAGAGACUGCAGGACGAAUACCCUGAUGGCGUGUUCGCAUACGUUCGGCCCGGGGUCGGGGGCAUCAAACGUAUCUUUGAGCGCAUUGUCGACCCGCUGCUUGCGGCGGUGCGCCGGGAGCUCGGCGCGAUAAUCGCGCGGCUGCAUCGCAUGGACUUCAGCGAUGCGGGCGGCGCGAAUCCACUGUCUGCGAUGGGCGGGGGACCGAGCCCGUACAUGAAGGACCUCGUCGAAAAACUGGCAUUUGUCAAAGGAGAGGCGCUCGCCCAGAUCAACGUUCCCGAGCUGAGCCGGCAGUGGGUCGUCGAGCUGGUCAAGUUUGUGAUCAAGACGUUCGUGCUGCACGCGUCGAUCGCCAAGCCGCUGGGAGAGAGCGGGAAGCUGCAGCUCACGAGCGACAUGACGGAACUCGAGUUUGGACUGAGCGCCUUCAUGGCACAGCCGGGAAAACGCGGGACCGACUGGGAGAGCGUCGGGGAGGAGUACCGUGCGCUCCGCGCGAUGCGGCAGCUGCUCUUUCUUGAGAACUCGAUGCUGGCGUCGUCCUCGCACACGGCGGGCCUCCCGCCGCUGAUCGUGCUGCAUCACAUCCUUGUGCGUUCGCCGAUCCCACUGCCGCACACGCUGCACGGGUGGGCCGAAGCGGAGUACGUGCGGUGGGUGAACGAGCACUCGGAGGAGGAGGCGUGGACGCUCGUCGAGGGCGACCUGAGCCACUGGGAAAAGGUCUCCGCGGACGAGGGCGCGGACGCCGCCGACGAGUAUGUGCAGCUCGCACGGGCGGUUCUGGCGCACGCGGCGGCGCGGGAGGGCCCUGUUAGCCAGACGCCCGGCCCUGGAUAA